AUGUUCAGACCAGAAGUGCGACAGUUGCAGUCGUCAGAUGAUUUCCUGUCUGCCUAUGGACCAGUAUCAUCAAGCAGCGAGGCGUUUGUUUACCAAAGCGUACUUUUACGAAAUUCAGAGAAAGCACGUUCCAAAGCAUCAAACUCGUCUUUGGAAGAUUGGAUACACUUGGAGCGAUGGAUUGAUGUGCCGUUGGUCAACUACGGAAAUCUUUACGACAUAGGAACCAGCAGCAAUCGAUACCUGGUUUUAGGGGUGUUGCAUUUGGUGGAGAAAUCCAAACCAGGUAGUCCGGUUCAAAGGCUAUUUGAAUUGAUGCAAAAUGUUUGGAGAAACUACCAGGACGAUCUAAGACAGACGUUUCAGUUUGGCUGGCUUGACGGAAACGAGGUCGCCAACAACAUCGUGUCGCGUACUCUACCGGUUCCAAGUCUGAUGGUGCUCAACGUCAGCUCGUACCAGUAUUUCUUUCCCAGCGACGAUGCAGAGAACAUCACCGAAGAAUCAUUGUACGUGUUUUUGACAAAUGUGGCAGACGGCAAGAUCAAGAAUGAUGCGUCUUUUGCGACGAUGUUACUUCUUUACUUUCAGCCGCUUGGUGGCAAAGGAUACGUACAGCGAGUUCGGCGCAUGUUCUACGAACUGUACAUUACGCUAUACGCGAUGUUUGCCAACCAGCCUCUCUUAGCGUGUUGCCUAAUUGGAUUGCCUCUGGGAAUUUUAUCUGUCAUUUGCUAUACGAUUUGUUCUACGGAUGUUUCUUUCGACAGUGAUGAAGUGUAUCAAAGCAGCGAUGAAGAAGGUAUUUAAUG